AUGUGAUACCCGAACGUUAUCUUCCUCCACACGUUUUCCUGUCUCUACAGCACACCCAAAUGAAAACUAGGUGAAGAAAGUCAGUGGGAUAAAUGAUAAUUCCUUCAUAUCAGCACCAGCAUAUCGAGCAAUUGGUUGUUCUCCUAUGUCAUGCUGAGGAAGAGCAGUUGCAUCAUUGCCAUAGAAUCAAGUAGCAUAAUUUUCGAAUUAUAGUUAUUGUUAUAUCUAUUGCAGAGCAAUUGAAGUAUGAGUAGGAGAAAAUCAAAUGUUAAAAGUAUAAUUGUGCAGACCUCUCAUGUCUCUGUUCCCAGAUUCAUUCUUUAUGUUUAAGAUAGUACGUGUUUUAGCUGCUGUAUUUAUUCUUUGAUAUUUGAGCUGAGGGAAAUCUAGUGUCGAAAUUAAAUAGUUCCAAUAGUUAAAUCUUCUUUCAGGCCUCUUUGAGCAGAUCUACUUGUGAGCAGUACCCUAGCAAUAUAGACUACAUACAUAUCUACCCCAUGAUCUAUCCAGCUAGAACUACUCCUUGUAGCUGUAACAUAACAUAUGUGGCCAUGGGGAGCACUCAGGUCUCGUAGAGACCGUCUUUUGACUCCAUAAAAGUGAAGCAGGUUCAUUUUAUUCUGGUAGGUUGUUCUUUAUAUAAUUCACUGAAGAGACGAUUGGAAAAUGGAGAAACCGAGAGCAACACCAUCUGCAAGGCAUCAAUUUUCCGGUGUAGAUGAGCGGAGAUCGGUUGAGGUUUUCGGAUUGCCAGUGAGUGAUGAUGUUAGCACUAGCAGGAAGAGCGAGGGAGGUGAAAUACAAGAUCAGGGUGGAUUAGAAAGCACUACUUUUGAUUCUACUGUGAGCAGUACAGAGCCGGGCGUGAGCAAGUGGAUGGCAUUUGAGAGAGAGGCCGUCAGCAAGCCCGACAAUUCCAAUUAUUCUUCAGCUUCUUCUUUGAGUGAUCGAAUUAUAAAAACUGAAGCUGGCAUAGCCGAAAGGAAAGCAGAAUGGGGUGUGGUGGUGAAGUCAGACGUGGGAGAGGGUAGUUUGAAAGCAGUAGGGGGUAUGAACCUGAUGGGGAGGUCAUCACGCGAUGGAGAGAGAGUCAUUGGAGCGGCAUCGACCAGGACAUCGGAUGAAUCCAAUUGUGGAUCUGAAAAAACAUCAGGGGCCUUCCCGAGGGUAUCACAAGAGUUGAAGGAGGCUUUGGCAACAUUGCAGCAAACAUUUGUUGUCUCCGAUGCCACAAAACCAGACUGCCCCAUUAUCUACGCCAGCAGCGGCUUCUUUAGUAUGACCGGUUAUUCUACAAAGGAGGUUAUUGGAAGGAACUGCCGAUUUCUUCAGGGACCGGAAACAGACCGGAAUGAAGUGGCCAAAAUACGAGAUGCAGUUAAAAAUGGGAACAGCUACUGUGGCAGGCUCUUUAACUACAAGAAGGAUGGUACCCCUUUCUGGAAUCUUCUCACUGUCACCCCUAUCAAAGAUGACCGUGGCAAUACCAUCAAAUUUAUUGGAAUGCAAGUGGAGGUCAGCAAAUACACUGAAGGUGUUAAUGAGAAGGCACUACGGCCAAAUGGGUUGCCCAAGUCGUUAAUUCGUUAUGAUGCUCGUCAGAAGGAGAAGGCUUUAGGUUCCAUCACAGAGGUUGUCCAGACUAUAAAACAUCCGCACUCUCACGGUUUGAGUCAUGACAAUGCCAGCAAGCUUGAAGGACAGGAAAGUUUCAACCUUGAUUAUAUUCUGCCGAAAUCUGCUGAUAUUCAGAAUAUGAGUACACCUGGCAGACAAACUCGUCAAUUGGAUUCCAGGGGUGAUGUGUCUCAUCCAAGUUCUUGUCUGGAAGCAGACAAGAAAUCUAGAAAAUCAGGACGCAUUUCCUUAAUGGGGUUCAAAGGGAGGUCUCCCAGCUCUGUAGGGAGGCAUGAAGAGAAACCAAUUGUUGAACCAGAGGUUUUGAUGACUAAAGACAUAGAACACACUGACCGUUGGGACCACGCUGAUAGAGAAAGGGAUAUACGCCAAGGAAUUGACCUAGCAACCACAUUAGAACGCAUUGAAAAGAACUUUGUGAUCACUGAUCCUAGACUUCCUGAUAACCCAAUUAUAUUUGCAUCUGAUAGCUUUCUUGAAUUGACAGAGUAUACACGCGAAGAAAUUUUGGGAAGGAACUGUAGGUUUCUUCAAGGACCCGAAACAGAUCAAGCAACUGUCUCAAAGAUAAGAGAUGCCAUUAGAAAACAAAGGGAAAUCACUGUUCAGUUGAUCAAUUAUACUAAGAGUGGAAAAAAAUUCUGGAAUUUGUUUCACUUGCAACCUAUGCGUGACCAAAAGGGUGAGCUUCAAUACUUCAUUGGUGUCCAACUAGAUGGAAGUGAUCAUGUGGAACCUCUGCGCAACCGGCUCUCAGAGAGAACAGAGCUAAAAAGUGCGAAGUUGGUCAAAGCCACUGCAGAAAAUGUUGAUGAAGCUGUCAGAGAACUUCCUGAUGCCAACUUGAGACCGGAAGAUUUGUGGGCAAUUCAUUCUCGGCCUGUCUUUCCAAAGCCUCACAAGAAAGAGAGUUCUUCUUGGCUAGCAAUACAAAAGAUCACUGCAUGCGGUGAAAAACUUGGGCUACAUCAUUUUAAGCCCAUAAGACCAUUGGGUUGUGGAGAUACUGGCAGUGUUCAUUUGGUGGAACUGAAAGGUACUAGUGAACUGUACGCUAUGAAGGCAAUGGAAAAGUCAGCAAUGCUGAACCGUAACAAGGUUCACCGAGCAUGCAUUGAGAGGGAAAUCAUUGCACUACUUGAUCAUCCUUUUCUUCCAACACUUUACACUUCAUUUCAGACCUAUACACACGUUUGUUUGAUAACAGACUUUUUCGCUGGUGGAGAAUUGUUUGGCGUGCUUGACAAGCAGCCUAUGAAAAUUUUUAAAGAGGAAUCUGCAAGGUUCUAUGCGGCAGAGGUCAUCAUUGCCUUGGAGUACCUCCACUGUUUAGGAAUAAUUUAUCGUGACCUGAAGCCUGAAAAUAUCUUGGUCCAGAAGGAUGGGCAUAUCGUGCUAACUGACUUUGAUCUGUCAUUUAUGACAUCGUGUAAACCCCAUAUUAUAAAGCAUCCAUUACCUAGUAAUAGGAGGAGAUCUAGGAGUCAACCACCACCAACAUUUGUUGCAGAACCAGUUGCACAGUCGAACUCAUUUGUUGGAACCGAAGAAUAUAUUGCUCCUGAAAUUAUUACAGGUGCAGGACAUAGUAGCGCGAUUGAUUGGUGGGCUCUUGGUGUCUUGUUGUAUGAAAUGCUCUACGGUCGUACACCUUUCAGGGGAAAGAAUAGGCAGAAGACUUUCGCCAAUAUCUUGCACAAAGAUCUGACCUUUCCAAGCAGCAUUUCUGUAAGUCUUGCAGCCAGACAAUUGAUUAAUGCAUUGUUGCAAAGAGACCCUGCUAGCCGUUUAGGAUCAAAUACUGGUGCCAAUGAAAUCAAAGAACACCCUUUUUUCCAUGGAAUUAAUUGGCCUCUGAUCCGCUGCAUGAGCCCACCACCGCUAGAUGCGCCUCUUCAAUUCACUGGAAAAGAUCCAAAGUCCAAGGAAUUGCAGUGGGACGAUGAUGGAGUGCUUGUUCAUUCUAUGGACAUGGAGAUUUUCUGAAGGCUUCUUUAUAAUGUUAGCUAAACCAAAAUCAUGAGAUGUCGGUCCUGCCUUUCUCUCUGACGAGGAGGGAGUUACCUCAACUCAGAAACUAGAAAUUUCAGAUUAUAAAGGGAAGAGAAACAGCCAUUGGGAUGGAUUUCAGAGUGUUUUUUUUCGGUUGGCCAAGGAAGAAGGAGGUGUAUGAGAUAUCCACGACGAAAUUAGCACUUGGGACAGCCUCUAUACCAUUGUAUUGGUAAAUAUUUCGUGGAGAUCCAAUUUUAUCAGUUAAUAAAUGUUCAAAAUAAAAGCACAAUUCAUCAGUA